UGGCGGUAGACGCUGUGAAUGGCACUUUUCACUUCUUUUUGUUUUUAGCGUCGGCGUCGUAUUUGUAGCGGGUAACGCGAAAUUAUACUCGUGUGGGUUUUUGUAGCUCUAAUUUAGUCUACACAGAAUAUGAAGAAGAUAAAACCACAGUUGCACGACCAUUUAAUAACUAAUCGUGUCAAACAGUAUCUGGAGGAGCACAUUGACGAGACAUACUUGGAUGUAAAGCAGAUGACCAAAGAGUUGAUGCGAAAAUAUCCCGAAUAUUCUCGUCGCAAACUUGGACCAUUUAGACAACUUGUGCAUCAAGCAUUUUCCAUUGUUUCGGAUAGCUAUAACUUGGACAAGGCGAGCAGCUCCGACUACGAGGACGAAUAUUUGUCUGACGAGGCAGAAACACCAACAAACAACAGCAUCAUGAGCAAUAUGAUGCACGGCUUGUACACCAAUCAAACGGCUAAAAAGCCUUUAUUACCUUCCACUAAGCCCAGCAACGAGCCCAUUGACAUAUCUAGCGGCGAUGAGAAUGAUGAUGAUAACUCAAUUAGUCCACCAAAUGGCGGUGGCAUGAACGCUUUAUUUGCAUCCGCAACAGGAACCAACCAAUUAAACGUUUCCAAGGCGCAAAAGCGUCCUUUGGAGCAGUGCAACAAGGCAGUGUCCACUGUACAGGCCAAGAAAGCAGUCAAGAGAAAUUUAAUUCAAGCUUCGUUUGCAGGCGUGCGCCAGGAAAUCAGCUCUGUCAAUUCAUCAUCCAGUCCAGCCAAUCCCAAAAAGUUCGUUGCAGUUUCUGUUGGCUCUGGCAAAAGCAACAGCAGCGAUGUUGGACCACACAAGGAACCGCAACAUCAUGGACCAGGCCAAUCAUUCAACCAACAAGUGCAGAUGCGUCAACAGCAACAACGUGAAUUUAAUGAAGGUGCUUCGAUGCGUGUGCGCAAGUAUAAAAAGGAACUGGAAGUAUCUCGCUCGACGGAAAGUUUCCGUGAUGUUGGUGGCAUGGAUGGCACGUUGAAGGAACUGUGCGAGAUGCUCAUACAUAUCAAAUCGCCAGAGUUCUACUUUCAACUGGGAUUACUGCCCUCACGUGGUUUGCUGUUGCAUGGACCGCCCGGAUGUGGCAAGACCUAUUUGGCCCGUGCUAUUGCAGGUCAAUUGAAAAUGCCGCUACUCGAGGUACCAGCUACUGAAUUAAUUGGCGGCAUCUCUGGAGAGUCGGAGGAGCGCAUACGCGAUGUAUUUGAGCAGGCCAUUGAUAAUUCACCGUGUGUGCUAUUUAUUGAUGAAAUCGACGCCAUUGCCGGCAAUCGUCAAUGGGCUGCCAAAGAUAUGGAACGUCGUAUUGUUUCGCAACUGAUUACCAGCUUGGAUCAACUGCAAGCCGUCGAAUUUGGACAAUCUGUGGUUGUCAUUGGCGCCACCACACGUCCGGAUACACUGGAUCCGGGCUUGCGUCGCGUUGGACGCUUUGAUCAUGAAAUUGCCAUACAUAUACCGUCGCGUAAAGAGCGUCGUGAAAUAUUGCGGAUUCAGUGCGAGGGUUUAUCCAUUGAUCCCAAGCUUAACUAUGACAAAAUUGCUGAAUUGACGCCUGGUUAUGUUGGCGCCGAUCUCUUGGCCCUAGUAUCCCGUGCUGCAACCAUUGCUGUUAAGCGUAGAUCGAUGAAAAAGUUUCGUGAGUUGCAUGCGGCUAGUGAAAUGAACAUGACCACAGUCACGUUAGACGACGAUGAGCCCAACGAUGACAAACAAGAACAGGCGCAGAAGGAACAGACAAAGGAAAUGCAGGCAGAGGAUAAGCCGGCAGAUGAAAAGCAAGCAGAACCGGAAACUACAAAUGGUGAAAAAGCACCCGAAACGAACGAGGAGGCAGCUCCCAUGGAGGUGGAUGACAAACCGGCUGAAGAUGCAGAAAAAACUGAGACUGAGCCCAAGGAAGAGUCCGCCACUCCAACAACCACAAAAUCCAAUUCGCCAAUCCUUACCGACGAAUUCUAUGAGCCAACAUUAGCCGAGCUGACAAACUUCCUCGACAAUCCACCUGAAGAAUUUGCCGAUCCGAAUUUCUGUCUAACGAUUGAGGAUUUCACAGCGGCCAUUAAAGUGAUGCAACCAUCGGCCAAACGUGAGGGCUUCAUAACUGUGCCGGACACAACCUGGGAUGAUAUUGGAUCCCUGCAAGACAUACGUGAAGAGCUUAAGCUGGCUGUGCUGGCGCCCGUUAAAUACCCAGAGAUGCUGGCUCGCCUGGGAUUAGAAGCCCCUUCGGGUGUGCUGCUUUGUGGACCACCUGGUUGUGGCAAAACUCUGCUGGCCAAGGCCAUUGCCAAUGAGGCAGGCAUCAAUUUCAUUUCCGUUAAAGGACCCGAAUUGAUGAAUAUGUAUGUGGGCGAAAGUGAGCGUGCGGUGCGCGCCUGUUUCCAACGUGCUCGCAACUCGUCCCCUUGUGUCAUCUUCUUUGACGAGUUCGAUUCUUUGUGUCCCAAGCGAUCAGAGGGCGGUGAUGGCAACAAUUCGGGCACACGCAUUGUCAAUCAGCUGCUGACAGAAAUGGAUGGCGUUGAGGAGCGCAAGGGUGUUUACAUUCUGGCUGCCACCAAUCGACCGGACAUUAUAGAUCCGGCCAUUUUACGUCCAGGUCGUCUGGAUACCAUACUGUAUGUUGGUCUGCCGCAAGAAGUGGACCGUGCUGAUAUACUAAGAGCUACCACAAAGAACGGUAAGCGUCCUGUGCUGGCUGAUGAUGUGGACCUCAAGGAGUUGGCGGCUAAAACCGAUGGUUAUACAGGCGCUGAUUUAACUGGAUUAGUUAAGCAGGCUUCAAUGUUUUCACUGCGUCAAUCGCUUAACAAUGGUGAUACCAAUAUUGAAGAUUUAUGCGUACGCAAACAACAUUUCGAUGAGGCACUGAAACAGCUGCGACCUUCAGUUAGCGAGCAGGAUCGCAAGGUUUAUGAGAAAUUGCGUCAGAAAUACGCUGCGCCGCGUAUGCCGCAGUUCGAGGCCAAGUGAAAAUCUCAGCUGUUGUACUAGUUUUUAAGUUAUUUGAAACAAACACAAAAAUACAUACACAUACACACACAUACACAGGCGACAAUGCAAAUGGACAUUGCGCAUAUUCCUCAAUUGAUUUUGAAAUGUACAAAAUACAAAGUUAUUCAACUCGAUGGAGAAUUGAAGAAUCGAAAUAAAAUAAAAUGCCCAAGCUAUGUAUAAAUUGGGACCAAACCCAGUCAAA